AUGGUGGACAAGUUAGUUAACAGCGAAGCCAAUGCUCGGCGGAUACAAAUGGUUGAAAACUGUUUCGGGACAUCCGGACAGCCAUUGUUUCUUCCUGGGCGUGUGCUAGUAGGCGAAGGUGUCCUUACAAAGAUGUGUCGUAAACGUCCUAAAGCGAGGCAAUUUUUCUUGUUUAAUGACAUUCUGGUUUAUGGCAAUAUUGUUAUUGGCAAGAAAAAAUACAACAAGCAACACUUAAUACCCCUCGAGGAAGUUCAAUUACAGGCGCUGGAAGAUAAUGGCCAGUAUAGAAAUGGAUGGUUGAUACGUACGGCUACAAAAUCUUUCGCCGUGUACGCUGCGACCCAAACAGAAAAACAAGAAUGGAUGGCACACAUCAACAAGUGCAUUGAAGAUUUAUUACGCAAAAGCGGGAAAAAACCAGUUGAAACGCAUGCUGCGGUCUGGGUUCCGGACAGUGAAGCCACUAUAUGCAUGCACUGUAAAAAGACUCAGUUUACUAUGAUCAACAGAAGGCACCACUGCCGAAAUUGCGGGGCCGUUGUGUGUGGUCCUUGUUCGUCGAAAAAAUUCAUUCUUCCGGGUCAGAGUAAUAAACCGCUGCGUGUAUGUCUUGAUUGCUACGACAACCUCACUUCCAUGAAGCGUGAUGGAAACAAAGCACUUGCCGGUAACAACAACAAACCAGCAAACUCUGCUGAAAGUUCCGGUGAGGAUGAUUCAGGAGAUGAUGAAGAAACUCUUAAGGAUAAUGUUACUCACGACGAACCCAAGUUUUACGCCGAUGGUAAACUUGAAAAAUAA